AGUCAAGCUGCCCAGUCCCUGCUAGCCCUGCUCUAGGCUUGCAGAACAGGUGCCAAGGCCUUGCUAUCCUGUGCAAGCCACCUCACAUUCCCCCAAGCCCAGAUGGGGAGGGGGGGCGAAGCAGCAGCACGAGAAGGAGCAGAAGACAAGCACAAAUCACUGAGGUUAAAGCAGCCAGGAGGACCCCAAGGCAGAGGGUGAUGAUCAUACAGACCAUACCCAUGCUUCAAAGUCCUGCACAUCUCCUGGAGAUGUGCCUGGAUCCAGGAGGUUUCUGGUAAGGGUGGUCCUUGGCACAGAGCUUUUCAAAGCCUUUCAGACCACCUGAAACAAGGACAGUUGUGGGCAAGAGGCAUGAAGGUUGACAGGGAAGACCUACGGAUGUUCUGGAUCUUCUGUUGUAUAGACCAAAAGAAUAUGGACUCUUCAAACUGUACUUUAAAAAUCAACUUACAACACUCAUAAAAAGAUGAUAAAGCUGGAUGCUAAUCUUUACAUCAAUCAGGUCACUCUAUGCCUGGAGCUCAUUUGCCUUGCAAAUACUCUAUUGUUACGUUCUGUGUCCCUCUCUACUCAAAUUAUUAACUCCACCCCAGAAAAGAACUUUUAUAGAAAUUUCUGGAGGAGAGACGGAUCUUUCCCUUCAAACCAUGGGGCCUGUCAGCUACUCGUCAGAGACCUAUGACUUGAGCCAGGUGGAGCUGAGUGGCUACUAUGAAGCUGAGAACACCACCCCUUCUUUGGAGGGCUACUUUUGCUUUGACCCAGCCUCAUCUGUGGUUGGCAACCAGGGAGAUCCCUUCAGAAAGGUCUUCAUGCCCCUCAUCUAUCUGCUGAUGUUUGUGUUGGGGACUCUGGGCAAUGCCCUGGUCCUGGUCAUUUUAGAGAGGUUUAAGCGGUCUCGGACCACCACAGAAAACUUUCUUUUCCACCUCACCCUGGCCAACCUAGCACUGCUGCUCACCUUCCCAUUCAGUGUCGUGGAGAGCUUGGCUGGGUGGGUAUUCGGGAAGUUCCUCUGCAAGAUACUCAGUGCUGUCCACAAGAUCAAUUUCUACUGCAGUAGCAUGCUGCUGGGGUGCAUUGCGGUGGACCGCUACCUGGCCAUUGUCUUUGCAAUCCACACCUACCGCAAACGCAGAGCUCGCUCCAUCCACCUCACUUGCACAGCUGUCUGGCUCUGCUCAUUGCUUCUGACUUUACCCGAUCUCAUCUUCAUGGAAGUCUGGACAGAUGACAGCAACCACAGCAUUUGCUAUUUUCCAGAGGUUGGAAUUGAUGGAAACAACGCAUGGCUGGCAACCCGCUUCCUCUACCACACCGUGGGCUUCUUUGUGCCUCUGCUGGUCAUGUGUUACUGCUACAUGGCCAUCAUCCGGGCACUGUGUCGGUCCCAGCGCCUGCAGAGGCAAAAAGCUGUCCGUGUGGCCAUCCUGGUCACAGGCAUCUUCCUCCUCUGCUGGAGCCCAUACCACAUCGUCAUCUUCCUGAAUACACUUACCAAGCUAGAAGCAUUCACCAAGAACUGCCUCCUGGAAGACCAGCUGGACACAGCCAUCAUGGUGACAGAGGCCAUUGGCUUCACACACUGCUGCCUCAACCCCAUCCUCUAUGCCUUUAUUGGGGUCAAGUUCCGUAAUGACUUCUUCCGGAUCCUGCAGGAGCUUGGCUGCAUUAGCCAGGACACCCUGCAUGAGAUCCUGAAGGUGCCAAGGAAGGGUAGUGGGAUAGAGUCUGACAACACCACCUCCAUCUCCACUUUCUAGCUGGGAAAGUCUGUCUGUAGGGCAGAACUGGCCUGGGGCUUUCUUUCCCAGUGGCACACUUGCUGUGUACAAGUUUCACAAGCAUCCCCAUAGCUUUCUUCACUCCUCAGGAAACAGGUCCAAUAGCUGCCAAACACCCAAAUCCCAUCAGACACCUUGCUUGGCUCUUCCUGGUUCUCAUACUUGUGGAGAUAGCUGGUAGCUGUUGGUGAAUGCUGCCUGUCUGGUGGUCACUCUUGUGGGGCUAGAUGAACUCGAGUGGGUUGAACCUGACAUUCCCACCUCUCCCUCGAAAAACUGACUGCAGGCAUCUUGUGCACAAAGCCAGGCACAGGACUGGAGUGCCAGGGUUAAGGAAAAAAGUGCAGCCAAGUAAAUGAGUCAUGUCAGUAAGCAGGUCUCCAUUUCACUAGCUCAGAUUGGUACAGACAUGCUCAAAGGAAGCUGUGGGACUCAGUGGCCAUAGCAACUGGAGAGAUGCAGGUAGGGGGCUGCAAAGCUCAAUCCAAUAGCAUGGGCAUACAGUGCCGGACACUCUUUGACUGCAACAUUGUCCUUUUGCUGCGUGACAUCCCCCCAGUCAGUCACAACACAUUCAUCUUCCCAACCCAGCUCAUGCCAGGAGGUCCUCCCACAGACUGAAAGAUUUGACUAUCACAGACUCCUUUCCUGACACCAGUUGCAUCCUUCCCCACUAAUUUGAUCAGUUUUACUGCUGUUAUGAUCUCCUAUGGGUGGCUGCUGAACUGAAUGCCUGACUAUUCAAAAGUCUUCCUUUUAGAAAGAAGAAAGAACUGGAAGAACACUGUCUGAUGAGAUGGCUUCUGUCUUGUGACUGCACACAGGGGAGAGAAACCACACAGCUUUGUGAGGCCGAUGGUAUAACUUUUCUUUUUGGCAGCUAGUUGUAUGGCUAUUUAUCAGUUCUGGGAGCAAGGAGACCCACUGCCCCAGAGUAAGGGAAAGAGCUUGUUUGCACAAUAUCUCUAUUUUCAGCAAGGCUAGAGGAAAUUUUGCUUUGCACUAUGCUUUCUGAUAUUUUUCCUCCAUCUGCACCUACAGGGCUUUCAGAGCUUAAAUGCAUCCAGAUGUACAGAGGACAAACCUGGGUGGUGAUCUUGCCCUGAACUGCAGGUGUGCAGAAACUGCUCAGAUCAGGGCAGCUUGAUGAUAAUUUGGUUCAAAAUAAGAGCAGCAGCUUUCCCUAUCAUUAAUUCUUGCACCGCAAACUGGUAUGAGGGAAAGCUCCAGCAGACUCAAGACAGCCUGCUGCUGCCUAGGAGGUCUUGUCACAGUUUAAUAUGGCAGCAGACCCACAACACUUCUCCAUGACAUUUCUGUACCUAAAGAGUGCUGUGGCCUGAACUGUAGGAGAACCAUACAUACCAAUGUCACAUAAGCACGACCCUCCUUACAAGCACACUUUAAAGUCUGCUCUACCCUUCCCUACACAUUUUAAGCAAUGUUAGUUCUCCUGUGGCAGCAGGAAGUUUGUGCUAGCCUCACUUCUGAAGUUUAUCCCACUAGCAGAGAGCUCAGUCCCAGGUGAACUUCAUGGUACCUAAUGGCCCUGCUAAAAAGACCAGCCAUUAUGGAAGGGGCCACAUUACCUCAGCCUGACUCAGGCAGAGAUCUCUGUAGCUUGACCUUAUAUUGUGACUUGAGGAACAAGCUCACCUAGUAUAAGGCAGUCCACCAUUUCCUGCAGCACCACAUCUUCAAAGAUGAAACUUUCAAGUAAUAGCGACUGUGGUUGUUCAGGCACAUACAUGCAGCAGAAGGCAAGAGAAGGGCAAGUCUCUUAAGCCUGCACUUGUGUUCUCCACAGUUGUACCAGUGAGAAAACCCAUUGCAGAUGCAUUGUAAACACCUCCCUAGCAGGUUAUGGUGACAACUGUGUUUCCUCAUGAAAAUGUUAUUGAAAAAAUAAUAGUCAAAGUGUAAAAUUCUUACAGUGGUCACAAAUAAAAUCUACACUCAAAUGAGAGUGAACAGACUACACAUCUACUGUUACUAUAGCUUUUAGCAUUGGUCUGUACAAACCUUCAGGAAGUUUUGAGGUAAGCUGUAAUAAACAGGUGAAUAAAACACCAUCCUCUCAUGUAUAGUGCUUGUAAGCAUUUGUCUGUAACUGUGUCACUUCAUUCAAGAGAAACACAUCAGAGCACUAAGUGGGCAGAUGGCACCUUUCUGACAAGUGCUGCUCAAAGGAUUCAGAGGAGCACCUUGCUCAUCAGAUUCCCCUUCACCAGUGCUACAGAAGGCUCUGCUGUGUUCAGUCAGUCCAGACCUACAUUAUCUAUCUGCUUUAUGGAGCCCCUUCCACUAACUGCAGCACCUCCUGCCCCAGUUUUACAGCAGCUGCUAACCUGACUGGAAAGCUGCCCUUACACCUACAUUUAGCUCAGACAGCCUGGAAAGGGCUUGGCUCAGAGCUGGCAGACCUUCCCCAAAGAGUUGCCAUUGUUCCUCCCACAGCUGCCUGCAGCCAACCCGCUGAAUGGUGACAAGGAGAAAGCAAGAGGAACUUUUCCUUCACUGCAGACGAAGCUCUGCUUCCCACUCAACAAAAGCCUUGCUGUCUCCUCAAGGUUUGAAUGGCUGUCACACCUUGCCCCAGAGUGGGCUUCCCUGUUAAGAACUCACACUGCCAAAGCCACCCCUGCAGCCCUCGGGACGACCUUCAGCCUCCCCUAUGGAGCUCUACUCAGCCCCUAUCCCACGACUACCAAGUGAGGCAGAUGCACUCUGCCCACCCAAGCCACCGGGAAGGGGGACUGAGCCAAGGGGAGCUCCCAGGUGGCUCCUGCAGAAAGUAGGGAUAUGGUGUGUGGGAAGGCAAUGUCACCACCAUGCACAGCACACCCUCUGUACCUCACAGUCCAGUUCUGGACUGUGCUCCAGAAACAGCGUUCCAAUAGGCAAACCAGAGAAAGCCCUGGUACCUGAUGAAGACAACCCCAAAGAUGGGAACACAAAGACCUUCACAACAGCACACUGCUCUCCAUUUCCUGCAGGGCAACCAAAUCUCCCAGGAGACAGAGCUAGGGUUCCAGCAGAGCAUCCUGCUACACACACACCGCGAUCACAGGGCCGUGGCAGGCAGUGGAGCAUGCACGGGUGAGUGCAAGUAAGAGAACGCAUGAAUGAACAUGUGCCUGGGAGUGCUGCAGAGAAGGGGCUCCCCUAAUGUCCACACAAUCCUUCCAGCACCUCUUGCACUCGCUGUCUCCACUGCAGUCCUGUGGAAAAUCACGUGGAAAAAGGCACAGGGUCAGGUCUUGAAAUUUGUCUUUUUAAUAAAAAGGCACCUAUAAAACAGGUCAAUACAUUACAGGCAGCACAGAUACCCAAAAACAAGCCUAAAAAUUGUUUCAAAUAAAAACCAAUAAGAUGUCUUCACAUAUUGUAUUUAUAUAUUUAUAUUUAUAUAUAUAUUUAUAUAAUGGUACAAAAUGACUGGGGAAGUUUCUCCAUGGGAUGACAGAGAAUAGGUCAGUCAACUUUACUUCAAAGUGAAAGCUAAUUCCUGGUGUGUGAUUAUCUGACAUACUGGAAGAUGCAGUUUCCCAGCAUUCGUUUUUUUGGAGCUGGAAAAACAUGGCAAAAUCAUGGCUAAAAGAUGGGCAAACCUUCUACUGUGAUUAUGUGGAGUCAGUACACAGAACUCAAGGUGAGGAGCUGAGCAAUAAACUACAAGACACAAGACUAGACACAGGUCACGGCAGCGGGCAACCAGUUGAUGGCAAACCUUGCCUGGGUCUAACAAGGACUGGCUGUCAUUGAGCCUCCAAGGGAACUCCUGCCAUAUUGCUGUUCACAGACAUCGUUGGGAGCAGCGCUCGGGGCACAGGGGUGUUAAGCAGCAUUUCUUCUCCCCAUUGUUCAGCCAUCACAGUGGUAGGGGUAGGGCUGGCUCCAGGGCACUGGGAUUUUGCAGAAGAGCACCAGCUGCUGCUCCAGAAUCCUCAGCUCUGACCUAGCAUGAGGAUUUCCCUUUUGUAUCCAGGGCUGCUAAGUCAAAAGGCUUAGCUUCUUAUUUGUCACUGAAGGACAGGUCUUCCUUCUGUUGCCAGGUGGAAAUAGCAUCACACUGCUAUGUCCCUCUGAACAUCAGUCUCCUGAACGCGGCAUGGCACAUGCCACAAGCCUGCAGGCUCCUGCUGAUACAGGGACAAUCCGCUGCUAACAGAGUGAGGACUGCAAGCCCCAGGCAACUUCUGUGUUGGGCUGGGCAAAAGGGACAACAGGGAAAGUACAAAGACAUGGAGAUCUCAACCAGGCUAAAACAACAGCUAUCUACAGGCAAACAAAAAAACUUCCAUAUAGAAAAUGUUAUGGCUUCAAAUUAGCCAAGACUUGCUGGUGGGUGAUGAACAAAGUUUGAGACUGUAAUUGGUAUUUGGAUGUUUAUGAGAAGCUACCAGCAGCCAGCACCCUGAAGUGCAGCUAAGAGAAGCUACAGCCUUUCAGGCAAGUCAAGCUUAGAAAGAGCUACAUCUGUUUGAGCCACAUCCUCCUGCAUCAAACACACACUGAAAGGAUUGAGAAUCCAACCAGCUAACAUGCCAAGUCCAAAGCCUGGGCUGAAGAUUAUUCUUCUGCUCCAACUGCCACAGCAGGAAGGAGAACUUCUCAUGAUUGUUCCUGUUUUACCACCUCAAAAAAUGUUACUUGCUCACAUUGUAGACAACAAACCCCUACAAAGCAGGAGACUACAGCAAGAUCCUUCCUCAGAUCCAAACCCAGUGUUCUUAUCCAGCACUGUUCACUACAAAAUGCCCCAAAGCUUCAAUGCAUUCCUAACUAGACUUUAUGAUUCCAUCACCUCACAGAUUGGAUCAAGACAGCUGACAUUGCAACACCCACCAGCCUUUCCAAACAGCUUGCAACCUAGUAAAAAGUGUUACUGUUCACUCACUACAAAGGGCAGUCACCCUUUCCAAAGCCCUCUCCUCCCUGCAACACCAAGUUGGGAAAGGUGAGCUCUGUUAUAAGAGAGGUAGUGUGUUUAGUCUGGCUCUACAGAGAUAAUCCUCCAGGAAGUGUUCCUCCAGCAAUUGUGUGCUCCAGGUUCACCACUGGAUGCUAGAAUUGCAAGUCCCCAAAGAGGUCCAGAGAUACUGUGAUGUGUGCAGAAACGUGUGUGCAUCAUGCCCCAUUCCCCUCUGUGAAAAAACAUGGGGAGGACCAUCAGGGCUGCAUGCAGGAAGACCUUAUGGAGUACAGGAUGGAGAGGGUGGAGUACAUCCAGAAAAAACAGAGUUGUCCAAAUGGCACACUUCUGCCAGCCUAGGAAUUAGAGACUGGCCCUCAACUUUGGCCGCUUCUGUCUGAAGCACAGGAUGGCCAUGCUGCUGACACUGAAUGCUGAGGUAGAGUAUUGCACUCAGGGACAGGUCCUCUUCCAGAGCUGGACCUCUCCUGUGCCACAGGGCAGGGCUGCUGACAGUAGCUCAGGUUAUGAUGGAGUGAAGACUGCCUGCAAAACUCUACAGAUGAAGGACUGACAAGCACAAGGAAAACCUGGGAAAGCAUUCAUUGGCGGGGGAGUGUGACACAGUGGUGAAGGGUAAUGGAUGGCUAAGAGACUGGUGUAGGAAGGCUGCAGAAGAUCAGGGUUCCCAGAUAGCCUCUCCUGGAAGCACUGGAAUGCACCACAUCACUCACCUAAAAGCCCAUCUGUCCCUACACACCACAGCACCUUGCCUACAGGAGACACAGCAUGAAGGAAAGAGAAGGGAGUAGAGUUGACAGAGCUGGUUAAGACCUUCAGGUCCAGCAUGUUAACAUCUGCAAAGCCCAGAUUCUUGAUGCUUCUCCAGCUGAAGGGCCAGCAUCCUUCCCAUCCCAGAGAGCAGCAACAGCCGCAUCCUGUAAAGCUAUGGCCUCUGCCCUGCCAGACGAGCACCGCUCCAGUAGCAUUUCACUGGGCUACAGCUCGCCCUGCCCCCACACCCCCACAGUGGCCCUUGGUCAGUGGUUAUGCCUGUGUACUCGGCAUAGUAUCCAUGUACCCACAGGACCUGAGAUCUGCAUGACACUGCACCACCCCCUCUCCCACACAUGCAAAACCUUUCAGAUGGGUGAACACAGGUCUGACAGAGUCACUCUAUAAUGGGAUCUCUCAACACCCUGUGCACCCUGGGGAUCCUCCUGCCUCCCCCAAGGAGAGAUUUCAAUCCUUUUACACUGUUGCCUUUAGCAUGUUUUUUUUCUUUCUGUUUUUUAAAACAUGUUUUGAGGCUUCUAUUAAAACACAGAAAUACAGAACAAUUAAAAACCAGCACAAAUUUUGCCUUUCCCAGCGACCUAUUUACAGCUAGUUCCAAAAACCCUCUUGCACAUUUUGGUUGCUUAAAAACGAAGGACAAAAAAAAUAGAGGGGGG